CGGAAGAGCGGCGUGUGUUCGCCAUCGUUUCCUUAAGAAGAACACCAACUUCUCUCCGCGAGUCGCCAUGGCCUCGGAUGACAUUGCUCGGCUGGCUGACGCGCUUUCCAAGACCCACGUCGGAGAUGGAGAGCUGAGCUAUAAGGGCUUGGGCCUGAAGCUCGACGACGCGGAAUCCGUGGAGGAGCUGGUGCGUGAGAUAGAGCACUACACGGGCCUGAGAGCUCUGCGCCUGGAGGGGAACACGGUGGGAGUGGACGCGGCCCGGGCCAUCGCCAAGGCUCUGCAGAGCAAAGACCUGCUGCAGAGAUGCUACUGGAGUGACAUGUUCACCGGGAGGUUGCGCUCGGAGAUCCCAACGGCCCUGAGGUCUCUGGGCGGUGCCUUAAUGAGUGCAGGGGCCAGGCUGACCGAGUUGGACCUGAGCGACAACGCCUUCGGGCCAGAUGGUGUGAAGGGAAUCGAGCAGCUGCUCAAGAGCCCUUCCUGCCACAAUUUGCAGGAGCUGAGGCUAAACAAUUGUGGGAUGGGGAUCGGCGGAGGAAAGAUCCUGGCUGAAGCUCUGAUUGAGGGCCACAGACAGUCGUCAGAGCACGGAGCUCCACUCAAACUGCGAGUGUUCGUCGCAGGGAGGAACCGCCUGGAAAACGAAGGCGCCCGCGCCCUGGCUAGGGCCUUUCAGCUGAUAGGCAGCCUGGAAGAAGUCCACAUGCCCCAGAAUGGGAUCAACCACGCAGGUGUGAUGGCGCUGGCUUCGGCCAUGCGCCACAACCCGGAGCUCCGCGUCCUCAACUUCAACGACAACACCUUCACCAAGAGAGGAACGCUGGCCAUGGCGCAGGCUCUGAGGCAUCUGAGGAAUGUACAGGUGAUCAACUUUGGAGACUGUCUGGUGCGCUCCGAAGGAGCCAUCGCCCUCGCCGCCGUCCUCCGAGAGGGACUGCCGAUCCUCAAGGAGCUCAAUCUGUCCUUUGGCGAGAUCACAGAGGCGGCAGCUUUGGUGGUUGCUCAGGCCGUCAUGGACAAAUCCGACAUGGAGAAAGUGGAUUUGAACGGUAACAGUUUGGGGGAGGAGGGCUGUGAAGCUUUGAGGGAAGCUAUGGAAAACAUGGACAAAGGAGGCAUGCUGGCAUCACUCAGUGAUGAUGAGGGAGAACCUGAUGACGAGGAUGAAGAAGAUGAUGACGAUGCCAGCGAUGCAAGUGACAACUGUGAUGAAGACAACGGUGAAAUUGUGAAGGAAAAUGGAACAACGAGAGAAGGCGACAGUCCGGCAAAACCUCAGAGCCCGGCUGAGAUCACGUCCUUCCUCAGCUGCCCCUCUGCUGAGAGGCUCCUUCAGCUGGGAGAGAUGAGGACGAGCCUGCAACAACAGGUGGAUGCAUCUGACCCACACAACGCCGCCGAUGUGCUGCUGAAAAUCGCCGCUCUGUACAGUGAAGAACCGGAGACCAAGACGGCUGUCCUUGAAACCAUUGAUGCCGUGUUGAAGAAGCUCCUCUGCGGCUCAGCUUUCCAGUCCUACUGCUUCCUCUCCUCGCUGCUGGUCAAAAUGGGACUUCUUAAGGGGGAGGGGAGGGUGAAGAAGGCGUCGCUGGUCCCAGGUCAGCUGUUGUGUUUGGAGCACGCGAUUCAGCAGGAAUACUUCACUGGGCACCACGCCUCGCUGCUUCACACCUUCAUGUCGAAGAACGGUGGAGCUCUGGAGUCCUGCAGCAGCGCUAGUGAGAGGCUGAGCUCCACACUGGAGAAGUGCCUCAACCAACACUGAUAACCUGCGACACGCACACACACACACACACACACACACGUAGCGGCUUUUUUUUUUUUUUUUUUUUUUUUAACUAACAAAACCAACAGGGAAUCUUUACACUUGAAGAAGGGACUCAGACAGCCACUUAAUGUACAGUAUCUCCACUCAUUUGUAUAUUUUGAUGAAGGCAAAAACUGCAGAAUGUCUUAGUUUAUAUUUUUGUUACUUAUGCUUGUGACUUAUAUUUUUAUAGAAAAUAAAGGGAGCCAACAAAUGGAAAGCUGGCCCCUUUUUAAACAUUUCACUGUUAACAAAACAUCCAUUUUAGACGAGGCCCCCACGUAGCUGAGUGUCCAAACGCACUGUUGCGGAGUAGUAAGGUGGAAGUGGAAAGGAAAACAUUCACGUGAAUCAAAAGGAUUUUUUAGUAAUCCAAAUAAAUUAAAGAAAAGUAAAGGGCCGACUUUAUUGUUCCUUUCCACUGGCGGGAUGCUUUCCAUGCUGUUUCCAUGCAGCGCCUCUUCAAGCGUUGCUCCUCGGGUCCUGCAGAGCGCCGCUGCGUGCAUCAGACUGAGCAGGAGUGGCUGCAGGCGGGACCACUGGACGCCGCAUGCAGCGCUCGGACCAGAACCACUUGUACAUCUUUCUUUAAAAAAAAAAAAAAAAGGUUUUAUCCAUAAAUCUGUCUAAAUGAAAAGCGUGCUCUUAUACAUUGGGCUUGAUGAAGUGCAGCUGCUGGUUGUACCUGUAUGCAGUUAGCGGUGAUGCGGCGUGUUUGAGGGAAGGAGACGCUUUCAUGGAUGACGUCAGACUGCACUGCAUUCACAUUGUGAGGAGAAUUCCCGUUUGCCUGAUAUGUUGGUAUGGUACACUGAAAGACUUAAAUAAUAAAUAAAAUAAUCAAACAAG